AGGUGAUCAGUUCAGCGUACUCUGCAAGACAAGUGGGGGAGCUGAACCCGUUAUAGUCACCAUGUCAAUAGGGAAUGAAUCGCUAAGCCCACAACGAUAUGAUGUAACACCUGGCUAUAUAGCAUUCUUCUAUCUUCGCAAACGUCACCAUAUGGAAGUUUUGACAUGCUCAGUUAUGAACGAUGCAUUGACUUCACCUUUAUAUGUCACUACUCGUGUGUAUGUUAAACAUGCACCAGAAAUUGAAUUCAACAUUUCUGGCUCGGAACUGAAUAUUUCUAAAGGAGAACAAGCGUUCGUUAAGUGUUCAGCCAAAAGCGCUCUUGCGUUAAAUAUUUCAUGGAUUGAGAGAAUUGAUGGGAGAGAUAUAAAAAAGAAGCAAUGUCACAUGACAACAUACUGCGGCAUAGCAAUUGAUGCACAUCUUGUCCCGCAACGGCAUUUGUUUUGUCAGACUCACUAUUUACACAAAAUUGACCGAAAAGACUUAACAGUUUACAUUUUGGAUGCACCAGAAAUUGAAUUCAACAUUUCUGGCUCGGAACUGAAUAUUUCUAAAGGAGAACAAGCGUUCGUUAAGUGUUCAACUAAAAGCGCUCCUGUGUCAAAUAUUUCAUGGAUUGAGAGUAUUGAUGGGAAAAAUAUAACAAAGAAGCAAUGUCACAUGACAACAUACUGCGUCAUAGCAAUUAAUGCACACCUUGUCCCGCAAUGGCAUUUGUUUUGUCAGACUCACUCUUUACACAAAUUUGACCGAAAAGACUUAACAGUUUACAUUUGGGGGGAAGAUGAUCAACUUUCCAAAGACCAGGAAGAUUCUGCCUCUGGUGAUAAAUUGAUUUUCUGGAUCAUUGUAGGCUCUUGUAUAGCUAUUGUGGCUUUUGUCAGUAUUGCUGUUAUCAUCGUGUGUCUAGUUGUUAGAUGUAUCAAACAGAGGAAAGCUAGAGCAGAACAGGAAACAAAUCGAGAGAUAUACAUUGCCAGCGACGAUGGAGACAGAGGUGGUCUAGAGGUAGCAGGAAGAAAAUCGUGAGUAUCAACAAUUAAGGGAUGUCGAGCAUGCAAGUGGACAAUCGGAAACUGCGUAUUCUCAGCUCACUCCGUAGAUGUGCCAAGGACAAGCAUAUAAAACUACGAAAAACAUAUUCGAUCUUUUAAUAAUGGCUAAUAGGCCGGACGCUGUACAUAACUACUGAUUACCGAGCAGUCAUUCAAGGCAUAGGCAGCAAAAUCAUUGUAGGAAAUAAUCUUAUCUGCCAGUGAUCUUGGUCAUAAGAUGCAAUUCAGUGUUGUACAACUUUUUCAGGUCAUGAAUACAAUGUUUACGUAUGACUUGCCUUUAUAACUCAUUAUAUAUAUUGUAAAUAUAUACAUAGUGCUGUCUAGGUUAAAUAUCAGGUACAUUGUGUACAUACUGCUAUUCUGUUACAUGUUUACGUUUUCAGUCCUACCAGUGAAAAUACCAUGCAUUUGUUUGUGCAUAUGUUUUUACAUUCAUCACCAGCAAACAGGAAAAAAUAAUCAUGCAUGUUCGUAUGAGAUCAAUUUUCAUGAAUUAUGUGGUUGAAACAAAUCAAUGAAUUUUAAUUCCAACGAAUAGGUAAAAGUUUACAUUUAUAUUAUGGUCAAAAGUUGAAUUCCCUGAAUUCACAUCUCCGGGUCAUAGCCAGUUACACAAAAAACACGAACGUUCGUGCCCUGGAGAACAUCAAACGCCGCUUUUUAUGAGGAUAUUAUUUACAAACUUUUGAUCAUUUCAAUGUUCAAGUUGUACUAGG